AAUUAAAUUUUAACAAUAAAUAAAUAAAAAAUAAUCAAUUUUUGUUUUAUUGUUUCAUUAUUUGUUAAAAUGAGCAAUUCUACUUUUGUUCUUGAUAACGGUGCCUACACUGCAAAAGUUGGGUUAGCUUCUGAUAAUGUCAAAUUAGUUCCAAAUUGCAUAAUGAAAGCAAAAAGUGAACGUCGAAGACCUUUCGUAGGCAGUCAAAUUGAAGAAUGUCGAGAUGCAUCUGGACUUUUUUAUAUUUUACCAUUUCAAAAAGGAUAUCUUGUUAAUUGGGACGUUCAGAAAACUGUCUGGGAUUAUAUAUUCUCCAAAGAAUGCUGUUUGGUGAAUUUGAAUCAACUUUCUGUAAUUGUAACUGAACCUUUAUUUAAUUUUUCUACCGUUCAAGAAGCCAUGAUGGAAAUAUUUUUUGAAGAAUACGAAUGUCAAAGUCUUUUAAGAAUUAAUAGUUGUACACUUUCUUGUUAUCAGUAUAAGACAGAAAAUCCUAAUACAAAAUGUUGCAUCGUAGUUGAUAGUGGUUAUAGUUUCACUCAUAUAGUACCAUAUGUAAAUGAUACUAAAAUUAAAGAAGGUAUUAGACGCAUUGAUGUAGGUGGAAAACUUCUUACAAAUCAUCUUAAAGAAAUUAUAUCUUAUCGUCAACUUCAUGUUAUGGAUGAAACUUACGUAAUAAAUCAAGUAAAAGAGGAUUCCUGUUUUGUUUCUCAAGAAUUUUUUAAAGAUAUGGACACCGCCAAAAAUAAAAUAGAAAACAAUCCUAUAAUCAAAGAUUAUGUUUUACCAGAUUAUACAACAUUAAGACGUGGUUUCUUAAAAAAUCCAGAACCUCCUAAUGAACAACAAACUCUACGAUUAAGCAAUGAGAGGUUCGCUAUACCAGAAAUCUUAUUUUUUCCGUCGGAUGUCGGUAUUCGUCAAAUGGGUAUUCCAGAAGCAAUAAUGGAUUGUUUAAAAGCUUGCGAUGAAGAAACAUGGCCACACCUUUUAUCUAAUAUUAUUCUUACUGGAGGUAACGCAAAAUUUCCUGGAUUCCAGGAAAGAAUUUAUAAAGAAGUUAGAAGUUUAGCACCUGCAGAAUACACGAUAAAUGUGUACUUACCCGAAAACCCAAUCACAUAUGCAUGGCAAGGUGGAAAAACACUUUCCAAAGAUUCAAUAUUUUCAAAUCUUCUAGUAACAAGAGAAGAUUAUGAGGAAGAAGGUCAAAAUCUUUGUUUUGAACGUUUCGAUGUUUAAGUGUAAUAAAUUUUUUUUAUUCAAUUGUUCAUAUUUAUGUAUGAAUAUAUGUAUCUACAAUGUACAUAAUAUGUGUGAUAUAUAUUAAAUAUUCACUUAUUUUUUAUUUA